GAGGCGGCGUAGGGGACGCGGAGCAGCGCCCUCUCCCGCGUCCUUGGCGCCGCAACUGGUCCUCGGCGCGCCGCCUCUCUCUCCGGCAGACGUGCGAAAGCUCCCCGGAGAUGCACCUGCGGGCCUCACCCUGCCGCUCUCGAGUGCUCAUUUGUGUUGGUAUCUGUUGCCCAAUCCGGAACGAGAAGCCAGCGCCAGCUGAUCAUCAUAAAAGCUCUCCCAGCGACUGUGGCUUCGGAGGCCAGGGAUGCCGGGCCCCCUGAUCCACGUGUGCGAAAGAUGCCCGAGGGAUCUGCCCUCUGAGCUGAGGUGGCCCAGCAUGCGGACCCUCCAUCUAGGCAGGAAAUCUGGAGGACACCCGGGUCAGAAAGUAGCCAUGCCCCCUGCUCAGGACAUUCACAUUUCGGCUGAUGGCUUUUUCCCCUCUCCCAGGUUCUGGCUUGGCCUGCUGAUCGCGCUGGGCUCCCUCUGCCCGGCAGGCUCGCCCUGCGGCAUCUCCACGCACAUCGAGAUAGGACACAGAGCUCUGGAGUUUCUCCACCUUCAGGAUGGGAGAGUUAACUACAAAGAGCUGUUACUUAAGCACCAGGAUGCGUACCAGGCUGGAGCCGUGUUCCCUGAUGCCUUCUACCCCAGCAUCUGCGAGAGAGGAAAGUUCCACGAUGUGUCCGAGAGCACGCACUGGACCCCCUUCCUGAACGCCAGCGUCCAUUAUAUCCGAGAGAACUACCCGCUUCCCUGGGAGAAGGACACGGAGAAACUGGUGGCUUUCCUGUUCGGCGUUACCUCUCACAUGGCGGCGGACGUGAGCUGGCACAGCCUGGGCAUCGAGCAGGGGUUCCUUCGCACCAUGGGCGCCGUUGACUUUCACGGCUCCUAUUCCGAAGCGCAUUCGGCGGGCGAUUUCGGAGGAGAUGUGUUGAGCCAGUUCGAGUUCAAUUUUAAUUACCUCGCACGGCGCUGGUACGUGCCCGUUGAAGAUCUGCUGGAAAUUUACAAGCAACUCUAUGGCCGAGAAGUCAUCACCAGAAGUGCAAUCAUUGACUGUUCAUACCUUCAGUUCUUGGAAAUGUACGGAGAGAUGUUAGCUAUUUCCAAGCUUUAUCCCACGUAUUCCAGAAAGUCUCCAUUUUUGGUGGAACAGUUCCAAGAGUAUUUCCUGGGGGGACUGGACGACAUGGCGUUUUGGUCCACUAAUAUCUACCGUCUGACGAGCUUCAUGCUGGAGAACGGGACCAGCGACUGCAGCCUGCCUGAGAACCCUCUGUUCAUCACAUGCGUCCAGGCAGGUGGGCCAUGCGGCAGCCAGCCAGCCAGCAGCCAGGGCAGUUCACGAGUACAGAAAAAUGAUUUCCAUAGGAAUUUGACUGCAUCCUUAAGUAAAGAUGUCAGGAAAAAUAUCAACCACACCAGCAGAGGCGUGUUCUUUAGUGUGGAUUCGUGGACCUCGGAUUCCCUCACUUUUAUGUACCAGGCUUUGGAGAGGAACAUCCGGACAAUGUUCACGGGCAGCUCCCAGCGGUCCUACAAGCAUGUGUCCAGCCCCUUGGCGUCUUACUUCCUGUCUUUUCCCUACACAAGACUCGGCUGGGCACUGACUUCGGCUGACCUCAACCAGGAUGGGUACGGGGACCUGGUGGUGGGCGCCCCCGGCUACAGCCGCCCCGGCCACCCCCAGGUGGGCCGCGUGUACCUCCUCUACGGCAACGAGCUGGGGCUGCCCCCUAUCGACCUGGAUCUCGACCGGGAGGCCCACGUGACCCUGGAGGGUUUCCAGCCUUCAGGUCGGUUUGGCUCGGCCUUGGCCGUGCUGGACUUCAACAAGGACGGCGUGCCGGACCUGGCCGUGGGCGCGCCGUCGGGGGGCUCCGAGAAGCUUGCCUACACGGGUGCGGUGUACAUCUACUUCGGUUCCAGACGAGGAAGAAUGUCUUCCGGCCCUAACGUCACCAUCUCCUGCCAGGACACGUACUGUAACUUGGGCUGGACGCUCCUGGCUGCAGACCUGAAUGGAGACGGCGAGCCCGAUCUGGUCAUGGGCUCCCCUUUCGCGCCGGGCGGAGGGAAACAGAAGGGCAUGGUGGCUGCGUUUUAUUCCGAUCCCAGCUGGAGCCACAAAGAAGAGCUGGGCGUGGAGGCGGCCAACUGGACGGUGCGGGGCGAGGCGGACUUCUCCUGGCUCGGCUACGCGCUCCACGGGCUCCGCGUGAGCAACAGAAGCGUGCUGCUGGUCGGGAGCCCAACUUGGAGGAACACUCAAGGACUGGCCCCCCAGUCCCGCGCUCGCGACGAGAAGCAGAGCCUCGGACGGGUGUACGGCUUUCUGCCCCCAAACUGCCAAAGCUCCUUUACCAUUUCCGGAGACAAGGCGAUGGAGAAGCUGGGGGCCUCCCUGUCCAGUGGCCACGUGCUGGUGAACGGGACCCGGAAACAGGUGUUGCUGGUGGGAGCCCCGACUCGAGACGACGUGUCCAAAAUGGCAUUCCUGACCAUGACCUUGCACCAAGGCGGAAGCGCUCGGAUGUACGAGCUGACCCCCGACACCCAACCUUCUCUGCUCAGCACCUUCAGCGGGGACCGCCGCUUCUCUCGAUUUGGCGGAGUUCUGCACUUCAGUGACCUGGACGGCGAUGGCUUAGAUGAAGUCCUCGUGGCAGCCCCCCUGAGGAUAACCGAUGUCACCUCGGGACUGAUGGGCGGGGAAGACGGCCGUGUUUAUGUGUAUAAUGGCAAAGACAUCACCUUUGGUGACAUGACAGGCAAAUGCAAAUCGUGGAUGGCUCCGUGUCCUGAAGAAAAGGCCCAGUACGUACUGGUUUCUCCCGAGGCAAGUUCAAGGUUCGGGAGCUCUGUGGUCACCGUGAGGUCUAAAGACAAGCUAGACCACUGAACCCAGCCAUUCGGUUAUGUUAGAAUCGGACUCGCACAGAACCGUGCAGGCUCUGAGACCAAGCCCCACCUUUGAGAAGCACACGGUCCACAUGCACAGGAAGGAGAGGAAAAUGCCCAUCAGGGCAGGACUAAGGGCUAAAGAGAGCGGACAGGACCAGCUGGGGCACAGCUGGCCCCGUUCUGGCGCUGGGGGACACUGCCCUCUGGUGGCCCACAGUUCAAGUGGCCCUUGCCUGACUCCAUUUCCAGGCAAGACUGAACAAAAUGUAGGGUUACCCAGAACAAAAGAUGGCUUACUAAAUUUAUGGGAGCAUUCUCAAAAGGUCUGGUGACAGAUUACAUCGUAAGCUUGGCUUACACUUAAAAUUCAUUUUCCCAAAAGUUAGAUAUUCUCAAGAACCCGUGAAUCAUACAUGACUCCCAGAAGCUGCAGGGGAGCUGUAGAUUGUAAGGAGCCGGCAGUCGACUCUUUGCUGUUUAACAGUGCAAGUUCGCCUUUGUCAGAAGAGUUCACCGAGGUGGACACUCCAGUUAGUUGGCCCAGCUCCCUGGGACUGCGGCGUGAAGCCCCGAGUCCAGGUCCGCUGCGGAGCGGACACGGACAGUCCGAGGCAGAGGAGCGCGGCCGCUCCCUGACCUCCCGCGGUGGGCCAGUUCGCGCCCGGGCCGGGGUCGGGACUCAGCCUGCACCUGAGCCGCCUCCGUCCCCACCUCUGAACCCUCCUGUUACCCCACGCCCCCAUCUCUGUGCCACCGGAGCACAGCAGGUGCCUGGACUCGGGCAGGGACGUCACG